AUGAAACUUACACAGGCCUUACUUGUGCUCCUACUUCCGGGCACUGCACUUGCAUCAGUGGCUGAUAUUGCACAGCAACCCAGUGCAGAACCUCCAAACUUUUCUGCAGAAAUCCGACCAUUAACUUGGGGUCAACUUAACAUUAUUCAUACAACAGAUACUCACUCCUGGCAGCCUGGACAUUUACUAGAGCCUGGAUUUUCGGCCGAUUGGGGAGAUAUAUAUUCAUUUGUCAGUCAUCUUAAAAAAAUAGGUAAAGAUAAAGGCUCCGAUGUGCUAUUCGUUGAUAGUGGAGACAGACACGACGGAAAUGGAUUUGGUGACGCCACUUCACCUGGUGGGAUACUAGUAGAGAAUCUAUUUCUUUAUCAAAAUUAUGAUAUUUUAACUGUUGGAAACCAUGAGCUAUAUAAAUACGAAACUGGUGUAUCCGAUUUUCUUACCAUUGGAAAGUAUUUUGGUGAAAAGUAUGUCGUUUCUAAUGUCGAUAUCAUAUUCAACAACUCCUGGGUGCCAAUGGGUAAUCGUUAUCGGAGAUUUACUACCGAUGUUCAGAAACUAAAUGUUGUUGCAUUUGGCUUCUUGUUCAAUUUCAGAGGCAAUAAUCCACUCACGAGAGUUACAUUUGUUGAAGAUGCUGUUAAGCAAGAUUGGUUUCGAGAAGCUUUAAGUUUUGAUGACACUGAUGUCUUCAUUGUUGCAGCCCACAUUCCCGUACGUUUUUUCCCUGAGAUGCGUACAAUUGUCAAUGCUAUUAGAAAAGUCCACCCUCAUGCUAUUAUCCAGUUCCUUGGUGGACAUUCUCACAUCCGCGACUUUGUUGUUUUGGAUAAACAAGCAACUGCAUUAGAAAGUGGCCGAUUUUUAGAAACCAUUGGCUGGUCCAGUGUCAAUGGGAUUGACAAAACUUCUGAUAAUGAUAACGUUACAUUUUCUCGUACUUAUAUCGACACCAAUCUUCACUCAUUUACAAGUCAUACCAACACUACCUUGAAUGAAAAGGAGACAUCGGGGAAAGACUUUUUCCAUAAAAAAGAGGGGGUUUCUAUUUCGGAAAAAAUCACCAAGUAUCGAAAAGACCUUAAGCUUGAUGAAGACUUUGGGUGCAUUCCCAGAGAUUUGUUUUUAAACCGCGCACCUUAUCCUGGACACAAUAGUCUGUACAGCACCUUGGAGGAGGUUGUGCUUCCAAGACUUUUGGGAACAGAGGUUUCAAAAAGUCGUUCGCUUGUUCACCCAAGAUACAUUAUUAUCAAUACUGGUUCGAUUAGAUUUGAUUUAUUUAAAGGUCCUUAUACGCGAGACAGUGGAUAUAUUGUGUCGCCUUUUAAAAAUAAUUGGCUUUAUAUCCCCGAUGUUCCACUGAAGUAUGCCAAAAAGAUUCUUCCGGAACUAAAUAAGGUCCCAUAUAUUCUUUCUGCUGAUGACGUUGAAAAUGAUCGAGUUAACUCAAAUAGUGCAAUGGAUUCCCAAGGCAGAAUCACAACUGAGGGGCUUCCACAGUUAAAUUACCUUGAUAUGAACAUUCCUCAAAGCAGACACAUGUAUUAUCGGUCACACCAAAAACCCCAACAGCAUAGUCAACAAAAUUCUGGAAAUCAGGUUGUAUUUGAUACUAACGAGAAAUAUGAAGCUGGCCAAAGCAACUUUCAGUUAACUCCAGGUUACGUUACUUAUGAUGAUUUUGGCAAUGAUGGUGACGAUACCUAUCACAGCGGGUGGAGAUUUCACCAAAUACCGAAUGCCAUUCAAGCUUCCCAAAACAUCCCUAGUGAAGAUGACGAAAAUCUUAUUGACGUUGUUUUUUACGACUUCAUCAAGCCCUUCUUAAUAGAUGCAUUGGAAAAAAUUGGCUAUUCAAAUUAUACUUUUUCAUAUUAUGGCGGUGCUAGUACUGUGGAACUUUUGACAGAUCAUGUAACUGAAUUUUGGUCCGCCAACUGCUAA